UAAAAAUAAAUUCUCAUAACCAAAGUAAUACAAAUAAAAUGUCGCAAAAAAAAAAGAAAAAAAAAAAGAAUUGAAUAUUCUCUCUCCUAAAACUCUAACUAGCAGCUGCUCUUAUAUCUGGUUCUUACUUCCUGGUCCUUGUGCCGCCUCCAUCUCUUAAAACCCUAACUCACUCUCCUCUAACAAAACCAGCAUCUUCUAGUUUUAUCAUCACCUCCAUUCCGCCAACCACUCCUCCUCCUCUUCCGCUGCUAUUCUCGGUGUCGAAGAAACUUUUGUAUUUGCUGGUUUUGCUGAGUUUUGCACUCCGUUUUGCACUCCGUUUUCGUUGGUUGUUUGUGCUCUUGUUUGAUACUGGGGCCAUUAUUAAGAAAUGAUGGCCCAGCAACGGAGUCAUGUUCUACUUAUAUCCUACACACAAGAGCUUAAAGAUGGGAAGCCACUCUAUGUCUCUUCAAAUUGUCUUCCUCUCAAGGUGUCGAAGUUUGAACCUGCUGGCCAUUCUUUUCACUCUGCUGCUCUUAGACUUAGUGGUUACUGUGAAGAAGAUUCAGACAAGGAUGAUGAUAAGAGUGUGUCGAAUGAUAAAGAAACUUUUACUCCUUCUUUUGAGUCCUACAGUGGUAAGAGUAAGAAGAAAUCUGGAGGUGAUGGUAAACAACAACAAGAUCAUUAUGCAUUGUUGGGGUUGGCACAUUUGAGAUACCUUGCAACUGAGGAGCAGAUAAGAAAGAGUUACCGUGAUGUUGCUUUGAAAUAUCAUCCUGACAAACAAGCUGCACUUCUUCUGUUAGAAAAAACUGAAGCUUCAAAACAAGCGAAGAAGGAUGAAAUUGAAAACCAUUUUAAGGCCAUUCAAGAAGCUUAUGAGUUGUUAAUUGACCCUCAAAAAAGAAGAAUGUACGACUCAACUGAUGAAUUUGAUGAUGAAAUCCCCACUGACUGUGCACCACAGGAUUUCUUCAAAGUUUUUGGCCCAGCUUUUAUGAGGAAUAGCCGGUGGUCUGUUAACCAGCCUGCCCCUUCAUUAGGAGAUGAUAAUUCUUCAUUUGAGGAGGUUGAAAAAUUCUACAAUUUUUGGUAUUCUUAUAAAAGUUGGAGAGAAUUUCCACAUGAAGAUGAAUUUGACCUUGAGCAAGCAGAAUCUCGGGAUCAUAAAAGAUGGAUGGAAAGGCAAAAUGCAAAGCUAAGUGAGAAAGCAAGGAAAGAAGAAUAUACCCGGGUACGCUCUCUUGUUGACAAUGCUUAUAAAAGAGAUCCCAGGAUAGCUAAGAGAAAAGAAUUUGAGAAAGCCGAAAAGAAGCGUAAGAAGGAAUCCAAGUUCUUAGCCAAGAAGUUGGAAGAGGAAGAAGCUGCUCGAGUUGCUGAAGAGGAGAGGCUUAAGAAAGAGGAGGAAGACAAAAAAGCUGCUGAAGCUGCUGUGCAACAGAAGAAGGCAAAAGAGAAGGAAAAGAAACUUGUGCGCAAAGAACGCACCCGUCUUCGGUCACUUGCUUCUGAAGUUGCAUCUGGGUCUGCGUUUGACAUAUCUGGGGAUGAUGUGGAAACUCUUUGUAUGUCACUUGAUAUGGAACGGCUCAAGAACCUGUGCAAUAAGUUAGAGGGGAAGGCAAAAGAGGAACAAGUUAAACUUCUCAAAGACUCACUUAGUGGUAAAGUUAGUGAGGAGAAUGGUCCAACUCCGGCACCAAAUCCAACGCCAAAGCCAACUGGUGCGGUGAAAUCAAAUGGAAAUGUGGCAUCUUCUAGUGUCCUUGAAAAGAAAGAGAAGGAGAAAGAGAAGCCUUGGGUCAAGGAAGAAAUAGAUCUCUUGAGAAAAGGUAUCCAGAAAUUUCCAAAAGGUACAUCACGGAGAUGGGAGGUUAUAUCUGAGUAUAUUGGUACUGGAAGAUCAGUGGAAGAGAUUCUAAAGGCAACAAAAACAGUUCUUCUUCAAAAGCCAGACUCGUCCAAGGCGUUUGAUUCGUUCCUUGAGAAAAGGAAACCAGCAGUAUCAAUUUCAUCACCACUUAGUACUAGAGAUGAAGUUCCAGCUGUGAAUGGGCCUGUGAAUGGGCCUGAGUCUGUUCCUGUUCCUGAGCCUGUGGCUGAUGCUACUAGUUCAACAACAACCUCUACCGAUUCUCCAAAUGUAUCUUCUUCAACAGAUAUCCCGUCUGCUUCUUCUGACCCAGAUGUGUGGUCUUCAGUUCAAGAGAGAGCUCUUCUUCAAGCUCUGAAAACAUUUCCAAAGGAAACAGCUCAGCGUUGGGAGCGGGUUGCAGCUGCUGUCCCGGGGAAAACUGUCAACAAUUGCAAGAAGAAAUUAGCUUCACUGAAGGAGACUUUCAGAAGCAAGAAAACGACUGCUUAAAACUUUACCAAAGGGGUAUGGAAUCUAUCUGAUGCAUCAUUAUUAUCAUCAUCAUAAAAUUUUGAUCCAUUAUUUUUAGCUUUGCUUAGGGAUGCUACUUACACUAGAGUGAGGAUUCGUCACUUGUUGGCGAAUGGCGGGUGUUGGUUCAAACAGUAGUACGCAUUUUUUGACGGAUUUAAGCGAUUCUUUUUUGUAAGGUUUACCCAUCCUUUUAACUUACAGGAUACGCUGAUCAUAUAUUAUUAUGCCUUUGAUUUCAAAAGUAACCACCAGAUUAGUUUUAUUUUCCA